CACUGUCGCUAGGGGGCAGUAAGCCCCAGACAGAGGACCGGUGGGAAUCACAGGAGGCCAAGGGGAAGUACUAGAAGAAGAAGCCGACUACGUUCACAAGAAGAUCGAAAUGGCCGCGCCAGCAGAGAGGAUGGAGGUUUCUCAGGGGGAGAGCUCAGUCAAACCUGCAGCAGAGGACAUGACUUCAAAGGACUACUACUUUGACUCCUACGCCCACUUUGGGAUCCACGAGGAGAUGCUGAAAGACGAGGUUCGCACUCUGACUUACCGCAACUCCAUGUUCCACAACAAGCACUUGUUUAAGGACAAGGUGGUCCUGGAUGUCGGCAGUGGGACAGGCAUCCUCUGCAUGUUUGCUGCCAAAGCAGGAGCCAAGAAAGUUAUAGGGAUCGAGUGCAGCAGCAUCUCAGACUAUGCUGUGAAAAUUGUCAAGGCCAACAACCUGGAUGAUGUUGUGACCAUCAUUAAGGGGAAGGUGGAGGAGGUGGAGCUGCCGGUGGAAGGAGUCGAUAUCAUCAUCUCUGAGUGGAUGGGAUACUGCCUCUUUUAUGAGUCCAUGCUCAACACGGUCAUUUACGCCAGGGACAAAUGGCUGAAACCAGAUGGACUGAUUUUUCCAGACAGAGCCACACUAUAUGUCACUGCUAUUGAAGACAGGCAGUACAAGGACUACAAGAUCCACUGGUGGGAGAACGUGUAUGGGUUCGAUAUGUCCUGUAUCAAAGAGGUGGCAAUCAAGGAGCCCCUAGUUGAUGUGGUGGACCCCAAGCAGCUGGUCACCAACUCCUGUCUCAUUAGGGAGGUGGAUAUCUACACGGUGAAGGCGGAGGACCUGACCUUCACCUCACCGUUCUGCCUGCAGGUGAAGAGGAACGACUACAUCCACGCUCUGGUCACCUACUUCAACAUCGAGUUCACUCGGUGCCACAAGAGGAUCGGCUUCUCCACCAGCCCAGAGUCUCCUUAUACCCACUGGAAGCAGACAGUGUUUUAUCUGGAUGACUACCUGACCGUGAAGACCGGAGAGGAGAUCUUCGGCACCCUCAGCAUGAAGCCAAACGUCAAGAACAAUAGGGACCUGGACUUUGCUGUCGACGUGGACUUCAGGGGCCAGCUGUGUGAGAUGUCAAAGACUUUGGAGUACAGGAUGCGUUAGGAAGCCCCUCCCCUGUCUUUGUGUGGGUCUUUAUUAGCAGACACAGUAUACAGUUGAUCUAGGUUAAUUGGGCGGGUGUUCUCUAGUUAAAGCUCCCCUGCAGCGACCUUUUAAAGACAUGUUGGGUUUUUUUUUUCAUAGUUUUACAGUAUUUCCAAUAUUUCCACAUCUUUAAGUUUAGAGUACAUUGGUGUGGUGAUUUCUUGUGCAGUAGUCUCUCUCCGCCUGGUAUCUGGGCUCAGCAUCUCACUGGGUUCUGCUUCCAGGCUCCUGUGGUUUGCACAUGCACCAUUGGCAUCCAUGCAAACACAGCCCAACGGUUGGUUGGUGGUCCUCUGCAGGCUUGAGACAGUUCAAAGUGAGAAGUUGCCGUCCAAAAGUAAACAGCUGGAAGUCGAGGCCAAAAUAAAGUGGGAUUUUUUUGUAUUGUUUUUGGCUGCUGCUCUUUUUAACAAAUAAAGUGAAUAAACUGUUGGUUCUCCUCCCUCGCCUUCAAAGUGUUCAUGAUCUUCUAAAAGAUCCUCGCUUUCAUAGUAGAGAUGCACCAAUCAGAGUUUUCCUGGGCUCUGCUGAUUUGCUUUUUUUAGGUCUACCCUGCCAGUCCUGAUUUGGACCAAUUACUGUUUAGUUUUCUGAGGACUACAAGAUAGAAAAAAGAUACUGCAGGUUCUUUGAUGGAGGUGUUGGUUUUAAAUUCAGCAGAAUGUGGGGAUACAGAGAUCUGUGUGCCAGAGCACAUGGAUCGAACCUUCAUCUGAUUGUUCUUAAACCCAAAAGGCCAUCCAUGUUCCUGCUGUUGGAUGCAUUCAUGGACUGAGAAUGUUAGAGAGUGCAUCAGUGAGACUCAGCUUUAGUUAUCAGCACACACCAAGAUGGCAUCUAUCUUCUGAAACGUAAAAAACACAGCCUACAAUUUUCAACUUUUAUGUGCGAGCCAUUAGAAAGUUGGCUUGUCCUCCAGGAAUCUUAGAUAAAGCAAUUCCAUCCAAUUUUAAGAGUCUGUGAUGGGUUGAUGAAACUACUGUACCCGAGUUUUGUCAUACGUUUACAAUAGAGCUGAAACUUUCAGUCAUAUCCUGCUCCGCUCCAGGUUGGGAACUCUUUGGCUUCAUGACAGGAAGCUUCUAAGAACCUGUUCCUGUAACCCUACUGUCAUUCCCACAUAUUGGAAAAGAAAGCCUUUCGUUAGAAGUGUGAAGGCAAAUGAGUGGACCAUGGUUCAGAAACCAGUAGCCUGUUGAAAUGGAAAGAGUACAAACAGGUGAUGGUUGUGUUACAUUAAAUUAGAAGUUAAAUAUACUUGUAUGUUUUGUUUUCUGAGUGUUUCAGAACUUGGCAGCAUGAGUUCUGUAAUCUAUGCCAUUAUUUUCCUCAACAUCCCUGGUUUGUUAGGUUCAGUGUACCUUCAUUUCAAUAAACCUCAUCGGCAAAAACA